UCCUCCCGUAAAUUGCUUCCUUAUUUUCUUCUCUUUUACUUUUUCGUUUACAUUUCACUGCUCCCAUUUGUUUCGCUCGCUUAGACUCUUUUAGUAUCUGCAUCACUUUCGUGCCAUCACCUGUUUGAUGAAUUGCUUAAAUAAGCUCUCGUUUAGAUAUUUUUCAUUAAAUUUAGUUAGACAUAUUAUACAUGGACACCCGUAUUGUACCUGUUUCAUCAUCCUGAGUUCACAUCGAUUUCUCAUGUUUCGAGCAAAUUGUUUUCAAACACAAAGCAAACACGAACGAAGGGGAAAGUCAAUUUGCCUGUCUUUACUGCAACGAUCGGGAGUGUUUGGCUUCUUAAGAGCCUUCAAUUAUGCAUAACUCUGGCAACCUCAGAGAAGAUGAGGUCACAUCUGCUGUUAUUGCUGCUUGUUCAGCAGGCAUGUUAAGCAUGUUAGCAUGGUAUUUGAUUGGAGAACACUCACAGGAAUUGGAAACAGAUGGUGAAUCUAUGUUGGUGGAUGAAGGUAUUGACAUUGAUGACAUAGAAGAGGGGAUAGAAGCAUCAUCUGAACAAACUAGAGUACAAUCAAAUUCUUUAUCACACCCUAAAGAACCUAUAAACAAAUUUCAUGCCCCCAACAUAAUUUCAACAAUGAAUACUCUAGCUGCAAACCUUGGUAGAAUAGCUGAAGCAUUGGACCGAAGCAACAAGGCUAUGAGCAUUGACUAUUUGUAUGAGGAGGUAACGAAAAUACAGGAUUUUGAUGAGGACUUUGUUAUUGAAGCUUUAGAGUAUUUGGCUUCUGAUGACAAGAAGGGCAGGACAUUCUUAACUCUUGAUGAAAAGCGACGGAAGAACUGGCUGUUGAGGAAUUUACGUGGUCGACGUGGUUAAAAUACUUUAUUUGGCUUCAGUUUUGCAUUAUUUGUUUCAUUCUCUCGUUAUGGUGGCUUCUGAGACCAUCCUUGGCGCUAAUGACAUGAAUCUUAUUUUAUUCUUCCAAUGCAACAAGUACGUACUUCAUACUUCACUUUUUAUUUUAAUACAUAAACUGCUCUAGAGAAAAAAAUGCUCCUUCUUCAAUCCACAUUAUUGUGAACCUUUUUUUCUUGUUUAUCAAUCAUUCAACCUGCACUAAAGUGUUCUUUCUCA